UUAUCUGGAAUAUUCAAAUCCCAAAAUAGCCCAAAACUGCAUUUAUCAUCCAGUUCUUGGCGAUAUAUAAGCAGAAAGUCUUCGAAAUCUUUGCAUUACUUUCCCAGAUCACUAAUCAAUCUAAUACCAAGCUUCGAGAUGAAAUCUGUUGUGCUUGCUGUUUGCUUGUUAUCCUUCGUUGGAUUUUCCACUCAGGAAAAAACACCUCAAGAGAUCCAACUCACACAAUUCAGAGAUGAAUGCAUCAAAGAAUCAGGAGUAGAAAAAUCAGCUAUCACCAACGCCGACAAAGGACAAUUCGACGACUCAAACAAAAAAAUGCAAUGUUUUUUGAAAUGUUACUACCAAAAACAAGGUUACGUCGACGAAAAUGGCACCCUCUUGGUCAGUGCUAUCGCAGACAAAAUGUCAGGCGACAAAGAACAGGCUCUUGCCCACGUCAAGAAAUGUGAAGGAAUUACUGGAGAAGACGUUUGUGAAACUGUAUACAAAAUCCACAAGUGUUUCGAUGAACACGUCCGCGCCUCAGCAGCCCCAGCUGCCACAGCCUAAGGACUAUGACUACAUUUGAUGAUAUUUUUAGUAAUAUAUUUUGUGAUUUCUUGUAAAUAAAAAAGUAUGGUAGGAUUA